GACAUCUGGAGGGGCAGGCUGGACAAAACACGCCUGUCUGAAAAGCAACGAAGGUUUUUAAAAAAUGUUUUUUAAAUUUUUUUCAGUAAACGAAAAGCUACAGACAACACUCUAAACAACAUCCGUGUGGUUAGCUAGCAUAGCAGCCAUGCUAGCUCGCUGCUAUGCUAGCUGCGUGUUGACGUUACCGUGCGCUGAAGACGUGCGCCUCUCCUUCGACGGAGCCUGACUCUGGUCCACAAAGACGUUCCGAGAAAGGUCCUCCAAACGUCUUCUGAUAGUUUCUGGUGAUGCUGGAUGAGGUGUCUUGGAGAGCCUGCGGAGGUGGCAUUUUUCCUCGGGCGGUUUCUGAACUUGUCCUGCUACCAUUCUGCCUGCGAGCUGGCGACUGCUGAGCCUCAUGUUGGUGAUAGUGCUGAACCGCAGACCCUUAGAGGGGUGCAGCUGAGGCCAGGGCAGGGCUACAACACAACAGACGACUUUCUGCACGUGCUGGUGGCUGAGUAUCCUCACAUUUUAUUGCCUUUCUAAGGAAGUGUGAUUGCAUCACAAUCAACAGACACAUCAUGGAAAAGCGCUCUCACGGAAUACCGCAGAGCUUUGUGAAAACAGUCCAAACUCAUUUUGACACGCCCGCUGUAUUUAGGCAGAUGAUGUGAAGUGACGCCAUGCAAGCCGCAGCUGCUGGAUAACAACAGAUUUGCAUUAAUCAGCAAAAGAAAACGACUAGUAAGUAAUGUCUGGAUGGUGUCAGCCUUCCUGCCCUUCUAUUGUGACUAAGGACUUCACCUCAGACUUCACCUCAACUCCUAUCAAGGAAAAUGAGAGAAAACAUGUCCACGCGACGGGAGACCUGGGGGCCAACGACGUCCUAUCCGAGGACGACGACACUUUUUCCCUUCUGUCCCCCAUUUAUCAUGAUAGUUAUGAGAGUGAUGAAGACGCCGAGCUCAAUACAACGCAUCAGACAUCCCUUAAAGACACACAAGAACGCAGUGUUUCUUCACUCAGAUGUGAUUUGCAAAAGUCACCUUCAGAGCAUAUGGGACCUGAAGCCCUCAGUGCAUGGGAAUUGUGGCUGGUUAAAAAAAUGAAAGAAGACCAACUCAGAUUGAAAAAGAAAACCGAAGAGGAGCGUUUACUGAAGGAACAACGAAAACGGCAAGAAAUUGAACGAGAGCGAAAAAGGCUCAUUGAAGAAAGAAAGAUUCUAGACUGGCAACAAAUGAAAAGAGAACAGGAAAGGCGUGAGCAUCUUCUGAAAAGAAGCAAAGAAGAAGCAGAGAUGCGACUACAACAGGAAAAACACAAAGAGGCCGAACAGAAAGCUCAACAAAAGUACAAAGAUUGGCUUCAGAAGAAGAAGAGGGAGAGGGAGGAAAAGGAAAAGCAAGAGAUUGAGAGAGCAUGUUUGAGGGAGGAGCAGGAGAAGAUGCGACGGAAGAAAGCAGAGGAGAACUUCAAUGAAUGGCUGGAAAAAGCCAAUGAAAAAUGCAGAACAACCCUUAAAUCACCUCAUCAUCCAAUACGUCCUUGGGAUUACAAUCACCCACCACCCAGCUUUUACAACCCAAUCCCAUGGAAGCCUAUCCACACUCCCCCUCCAGAAUCACCUCCUGAAAACACAUCUAGAAGGAAGCCUAACAAACAGCAAAAAAGAGGACCAAGCUUUGGUGCAUCAGGUCAUUUCAGAAACAUAGCACACAGAUAAAACAACACUGCCAUCUUUAAUAUGCCAAACAUGACUUAUUAGCCGAUAGGACUGAUAACUGGAACACAAAGUGGUGUACCCCAAAUGUUUUACUGUUGGGGUUUUAAGUGUAUGUCACCAUGAUUCUGACAGUUAUUAAAAUGUUUUUUUUUAGUCAGCUAAAUCAAGUCAGAAUGAGAAAGGCAAAAAAUUUUUUUGUUGCAUCAGUUAGAAGUGAAUACAGCUGCAUUUUAAACACAUAUAGAACGGUGGGUGGUCUAUGAAAAAAACAAAACGUUUCCAGUUGGAUUUUUUUUUCCUACCACAUUGAUGUGUCCGGUAUUGCUUUCACCAUCUUGAGGCAGACAUUUUAGAAACAAGUAAGGGCCAAAAAAAUGAACUCGUAUGAGAGGGAUUCUCUCACGUUAUGCAGAGACAGUUUUGGUGACCUGAACUAUGAAAUAUUGGCAUCUUUCCGCUUGAGCAGCACUGUGUUGAAUGUAGUUUGCACUGUUGGCUCACAUUCAGGUGGUCCUGUACUCACAAGGGGAUUAAGGGUGCUCAAAUAAAAUGUUCUACAUCAGAAUCACAAUUCUUAUCCAUUCCAAAUUCCAAAUCCAUCCAUCUUCAACCGCUUAUCCGGAAUCGGGUCGCGGGGACAACAGCUCCAGCAAAGACCCCCAGAUUUCCCUCUCCAGAGCAACAUUAGCGACUUCCUCCUGGGGAAUCCCGAAGCGUUCCCAGGCCAGAGAGGAGAUGUAAUCCCCCCAUCUGGUCCUUGGCCUGCCGCGGGGCCUCCUCCCAGUGGGACGUGCAACGAGGACCUCCCUAGGGAGACGCUCGUGAGGCAUCCGCACGAGAUGCCCGAACCACCUAAGCUGGCUCCUUUCCAAGCGAAGGAGCAGCGGCUCUACUCCGAGUCUCUCUCGGGUGACUGAGCUUCUCACCCUAUCUCUAAGGGAGAUGCCAGCCACCCUUCUGAGAAAACUCAUUUCGGCCGCUUGUAUCCGCGAUCUCAUUCUUUCGGUCAUGACCCACACUUCAUGACCAUAGGUGAGAGUAGGAAUGUAGAUAGCUCGGUAGACCAAGAGCUUUGCCUUCUGGCUCAGCUCUCGUUUCGUCACAACAGUGCGGCAGAGAGACUGCAAUACUGCCCCAGCUGCUCCGAUUCUCCGGCUGAUUUCCUUCUCCAUCUUUCCCUCACUCGUGAACAAGACCCCAAGAUACUUAAACUCCUCCACCUGGGACAGAGUCUCGUCCCCUACCUGGACUGUACAAUCCAUCGGUUUCCUGCUGAGAACCAUGGCCUCAGAUUUGGAGAUAUAUAUAAAUAUAUAUAAAUAUAUAUAUACACACACACACAGUAUAUAUAUAUAUAUAUAUAUAUAUAUACUGUAUGUAUAUAUAUAUAUAUAUAUAUAUAUAUAUAUAUAUAUAUAUACUGUAUGUAUAUGUGUAAAAAUGUAUAUGUAAAUGUGUGUGUGUAUAUAUAUAUAUAUAAAAAAGGGAAGACCGUUUACAAACAGUGAUAAACACCAACUUUAUCACACUGUUGAAAUUUCAUAAAAAUGUGUUUAGUGAGAAAAAACUACAAUAAAGAAAGACCCUUAAAAGUAAUUCAUGUGUCAACUAAUUCAGUGGCCAUUCCUCCUGCUGGAACACCAGCUCAACAGCAUCUUUGACAUCCUCCACCAAAAAGGAAGGCUCUGUGAGGCUAGGGUCAAAACGGAAGUCCCUAUGGCCGUGGAAGAUGUGCUGUUGGGUCACAGUUUGCGUGGUGUCUGGUGGCAGCUCCUUCUGGUCUUUGCUGUACACUCCCGUGCAAACCAGAAUGGAGCGGCACGCCUCGGGGAGAUCCACACCUGCCGCGAAUACGCCGGGCGCUCCGCCCAAUUCGGCUGACGUCAUUCCGGGCCCGUGGUCAACAGAUUCAGCACUAACUCCGUUCCGGUUAGCUUUCGUCUGAAAAUGCUGAGCAGCCUUGAGGUAGUGGUUGUAGAGGUUGGCGCCGUAUAUGUCGGCCAUAGGGUUAUCACUAUUAAGAAAAGUUGGUGUCAGCAGAUUGUACGGGUAAAGCUGGACGGACAGUGUCACUCACCCGAUUGCGUACAGCCUCUUCACAGGCGUGGCCCACCCAAGUCUCUCAGCCUGCUGCCUCACCAGCAACUCAGCGUAAUUAUAAGUCACCACGCUGGGUUUACCGAUCAAAGCCUCAUACUUGAGGUCAUGACCUGUGACUUUCUUGUACACACUCUCCAAGCACACCAGGAACAUGCCAUGACCAAACCUGUGAAGAAGGAACCAGUAGUGAUGUGCGGCUUGAUACUGAUAUCAUACCAAAUCUUAAUGCUCUAAUAUCGAUUCUCAAAUCAAAAUAUCGAUACUUUUGACACUUUAUUUUAGAUAACCUACGUCAUUAAUAGGGACACAGUGUAAAGCAACUAAAUCGUUGCGAUCUUGUCUAAAUGAAAAGUGAUUGGUUGGGAAAACACACACACACAGUCUAUUACACUACGCUAAUCUUACAUAGGCAAAAAAAAGCCUUGAUUUACUCAAUUCAUAGUAGUUCAUUCAUAAUCUAGGUGUCAUUAAACUUUACAUAGUAUUUGGAAUCAAACAGCCAUUGCAAAUUGUAUUUGUUUAAGGAAAUUACUGGCAAUUUAAAUGAGUCAUUCAGUGUUCUAAAAGAGCAAGUGUAUCCUUUUCAUUGUAGGCUAUUUGGAGACACUACAUACACAGUUGAAUAUAAAUAAGAUAACGAAUUCAGUGCCAUCGUAGCUUUUGCCCUGUGAUUUUAUAUUGUUUAAACAUGAUACCCCAAGAGGAGCAACAUUUGAUAUACACUUCUUUUUAAAUUUUACUGACACAUUAGAUAUAUUUGCACAAGUAUCGUAUUGGUAUCGUCGCCACGAGCCUAAAUUUUACUCGGUAUCGCACAUCACUAGGAACCAGGAUAGAAUGUAUAAGUCUGUCUUGCCCUUCAAUUUGAAAUUCUGUCCAUUGUCCACAAUCUUAGACAAUAACACAAAUCUUUCCCUUUUAUGUGCAUUCUAAAUAGCGAAAAACUGCAAGUACGAAGCGGCUAACAAUGCAGGUAAUAGGAUUUAUCGACUCUGCCUAUAAAGUGCUCUAAAAAACCUCCAAAAACUGCCAACAUUGAUCCAUUUACAUGCUGCAACCAAGUUAUAUAGCGUCAUCGUUAUUGUAAGACCUAAAACUGAGGAACUAUUUUUCUGGCGUCACCUUGCUCACACUGCUCCUUCGACUACUAGCGAGCUUGAGCUGCUAUUAACGUUAGUUGUGACCCGCCAUAAAAUAAAGGAGCUAGAGCUGCUUCUGAGCUUUAUUGCAUUUGAGUUAGUAAAAGUUAAUGCUAGAUUAUAAAUCAUGCAUCUCACCUGUGUAGUAGAAGGUUGUGGCACCAAGCUAAGAAGUUGCUCAACUUUGAAAAUCCACACAUUACAAACUUAAUACGGCUCUCAACAAAUAGAGCAGGAAGCAUUUUUUUAAAUCUAAAGAUUGAGGAUUAUUCUGAAUGUAUUUGCUUAAGGACAGCACAAGAGCUGAAAGAUACAUUCAUCCCAUCAGUCGGCAUCCCAGUGAGAGCGGACAAUGUAAGUCACCGUUUUAUGUUCUUAUUCAAAACGUUUGGCAAUAGUGCUACAUGAUAACACUCCAAGGCGCUCACGAAGUCGGCCCUUAGUAGUGGCAAACAAGAAAGUUGACAUUGUUUUCAUGUUUGUUGUUAUGCGCUCAGGAAAUUAUUUUAUUCUUAGUAAUGCUUACAAUAAGAAUAACACUUUAAAUAUUACAUGUUAUCAUGAAUGUGCCUGCUACUGCGUUACAUACCGUAUUUUUCGGACAAUAAGUCGCUCCGGAGUAUCUCGCACCGGCCGAAAAUGCAGAAUGAAGAAGGAAAAAAACAUAUAAGUCGCACUGUAGUAUAAAUCACACUUUUUGGGGAAAUGUAUUUGAUAAAACCCAACACCAAGAAUAGACAUUUGAAAAGCAAUUUAAAAUAAAUAAAGAAUAGUGAACAACAUGCUGAAUAAGUGUACGUUAUAUGACGCAUAAAUAACCAACUGAGAACAUGCCUGGUAUGUUAACGUAACAUAUUAUGGUAAGAGUCAUUCAAAUAACUAUAACAUAUAGAACAUGCUAUACGUUUACCAAACAAUCUGUCACUCCUAAUAGCUAAAUCCGAUGAAAUCUUAUACGUCUAGUCUCUUACGUGAAUGAGCUAAAUAAUAUUAUUUGAUACUUUACGGUAAUGUGUUAAUAAUUUCACACAUAAGUCGCUCCUGAGUAUAAGUCGCACCCCCGGCCAAACUAUGAAAAAAACUGCGACUUAUAGUCCGAAAAAUACGGUACAUACUAACAGCAUGUAUAUAAAACAGUGUUGGAGGUUUUUAGAUGGUUACCUGCCUCGUUAGCAGCCUCUUACUAGCAGUUUUUCACUAUUUGACGCUCUGAUAAGGGAAAUACAUGUGUGCUCUUGUCUCUCAUAAGGAUUGUGGAUAAUGGGCAAAACAAAACAAAAAAAGUGCAGUUCCCCUUUAAGAGCACGCUGUCGCGCUACCUAGGAUUUUUGGCCUCAGCCAUCCAGAGCAGGUCCAUGUUACAGGCCAGCACCGGGAUGUGAGGGUACUGCACGGAAUUCCAAUUCCUGCCUGGGUUUCCGUGAGUUAGAAGGACAUCAACGAAUAGCUGGAGGUUGGUCUCCCAUCUGAUGGGCUCACCAAAUAAAAUGACAGCUGGUGAAGAGAAAACAUGUAUUUAUUCUUCAGCAACCACAUCAGCAGUGUUGGCUAUAUGCUUAAACAUACCAUCUAUUGGCCUUUGUAAGCCUUUGGAGGGUGGAAUCUGGGAAAACAAACAGUGAUCUUUCUAAUGACUGACUCACAAUGACAUGAGCAGUAAUAUCUUUGACCAUUCUUUCGUACAUGGACCCAUUUUCAUAUUUGUGGCUAACAUUUAACAAUGUUAUAAUAAUCAGGAGCAUUGUGUUAGUUGCUGCGGUAGAAUCUUGGUUAAAUACUGCCAUGCUGUUAUUUUGAAGCUUACAUUGCACUGAACAGGAUGUGACUUCAUGUUUUAAUGCUGAGUGACUGGACAGUAGUUUUUUAUGGAUUUAAUACAUGUGUAAAUAAACUAAAAAAUUGUAUUUCAUUUUGACACUCUGGAGUAUUGUGUGUAAAAUGUGGGGAAAAAGACUAGGACUUUAUGAGUUGAUGGACUUAAAACGUGCGCCAUUGUACACUAUAACGUGUCAAUCAUUAUAAUAGGUACAAAACUGAAAAUUAAUGGUGCCCAAAGCCCUACAGCCCAUUGACUUGAGCAAAGUUCAACAGCCAGUUAGCCAGACACACAGCAGGCUUACACACACACACACACGCAUCCACAGAAAUAUACCCCACACACAUACCCCAACCCCAUCCAAUGCCCUUGACACGAAUCCCUUAGGGGUGAUGGAUGGCUGGGCUGUGCCUGAAGAGGUGCAGCCUGCCACCGUGGCCCCCACUCCCUCCCCUCUGUUGCUAGUCUCGAGAUGUAUGUUGUAAUAUGUAUAUGUGCUUUGUUAUGGAGGUUUUUGCCCAGUCUAGAUUGUAUUUUUUUUACUCAUCCUCCCCAAGCGUUGACCUUUUUCCCAUCUUUUACGGGGCGCCUUGUGGCGACCCAUCAGCGUUUCUGUUCUGUAACCCUGUACACUGUUUGUCUAAUUUUGAACGGGUUUGUGCUGAAAACAAAGUUUCGUUGUACUUGUGCAAUGACAAUAAAGACCUACCUACCUACCA